AUGGCGUACACGCUCUGGCCGAUGGUGCAAAGGAAAGAUUUUCGAGCGUUGGCGCGCGCGAUGGCGGCGCAAACGACGACGAAUGGAUUUCAAUACGUCGUCUACGGUGUCUUGAUCUUGACCUCGCCGCGACCGAGCGCGAGCGCGCCGGCGGUGACGCCGUUGGUCGUGCUGUCGGCGUAUCAAGCGGCGGCGCGCGUGGACGCGACGACGCGAGGCGACGCGAAUGAAAAGUCGGCGUGGCGGACACUCGGAUUGGCGAACGCGUUCGAGAAGGCGCAGGAGAACAUGGCGUUUGCGCUCGUCCUGUGCGCGGCGUUGGAGAUCUCGGCGGCGACGAUGGUUUUGAUGGAGACGGCGACGCCGAGGAGAAGUUUCAGUCGACUCUUCGCGUGGAUCGCGUGGUUGCGCGCGAGGUAUCAUUGCAGAGAUAACACGGUGUUUCGAAUCAAGUUCACCGCGCACGAUACGGCGUUUUAUCACAGAGAGGUGUGGGGAAUGUUGAAUGAGAAGAUUUACAGUCGCGCGCCGGCGUCCGUGCGGCGGGUGUGCGCGCCGAUUGUCGCCUGGUUCACUCGCGCGUGA